AUGCUCCGUGGCAUUGCGACCCGUGUCCCGCGAAGGGCAGCUCUCGCAAAGUCUGGCGCCAGCACCACCGUCCGCCUGCUCUCCGCAACAGCCGUCCGCAGGAUGCCGAGCCUGCCUCCCGUCAACCCGCCCGUCUCGACGGCCCUGCCCUCCGACUCGUUCCAGCUCCUGCCCGAGUCCCAAAAGGCCGGCGCCGCCGAGGACGCCCUCUACGAGCAGCAGAUCAAGGAUGUCGAGGCCUGGUGGGCGUCGCCGCGGUACGAGGGCAUCAAGCGGCCUUACACGGCCGCCGACGUCGUCUCCAAGCGCGGCUCCCAGAUGCAAAACUACCCCAGCUCCGUCAUGGCGCGCAAGCUGUUCAACCUGAUCAAGGAGCGCGAGUCCAAGGGCGAGCCCAUCCACACGAUGGGCGCCAUCGACCCGAUCCAGAUGACCCAACAAGCCCCCCACCAAGAAGUGCUCUACAUCUCGGGCUGGGCCUGCUCCUCGGUCCUGACCACGACCAACGAGGUGUCGCCCGACUUCGGCGACUACCCCUACAACACGGUGCCCAACCAGGUGCAGCGCCUGGCCAAGGCGCAGAGCAUGCACGACCGCAAGCAGUGGGACCUGCGGCGCAAGAUGACGCCCGAGCAGCGCGCCGCCGAGCCCUACACCGACUACCUGCGGCCCAUCAUCGCCGACGGCGACACGGGCCACGGCGGGCUCUCGGCCGUGCUCAAGCUGGCCAAGCUGUUCGCCGAGAACGGCGCGGCGGCCGUCCACUUCGAGGACCAGCUGCACGGCGGCAAGAAGUGCGGCCACCUCGCCGGCAAGGUGCUCGUGCCCACGGGCGAGCACAUCAACCGCCUCGUCGCCGCGCGCUUCCAGUGGGACGUCAUGGGCACCGAGAACCUCGUGCUCGCGCGCACCGACUCCGAGUCGGGCAAGCUGCUGUCCUCGGCCAUCGACGUGCGCGACCACGAGUUCAUCCUCGGCGUCACCGACCCGGCCAUCGAGCCCCUCGCCGAGACCAUCCAGGCCAUGGAGGCCGCCGGCGCCGCGGGGGCCGAGGUCGACCAGUUCGAGGCCAGCUGGGUCAAGAACACGAAGCUGGUCACCUUUGACGAGGCCGCCGUCGCGCACCUGCGCGCCCACGGCGUCGCCGCCGACAAGAUCGCCGGGUACGAGCGCGCCGUCGCCGACAACCGCGACCUCGGCAUCACGGCCCGCCGCGCCCUGGCCAACAAGCUCACGCCGGGCCACGAGGUCUACUUCAGCUGGGACGUGCCGCGCACGCGCGAGGGCUACUACCACUUCCGCGCGGGCAUGCCGGCCGCGACCAAGCGCGCCCUCGCCUUCGCGCCCUACGCCGACCUCCUGUGGGUCGAGACGGGCGACCCCAACGUCGAGGUGGCGGCCAGGCUGGCGCGCGCCGUCCGCGCCGCCAACCCGGGCAAGGGGCUCGUGUACAACCUGUCCCCGUCCUUCAACUGGAUGGCGCACGGCUUCUCCGAGGCGACGCUCAAGUCGUUCAUCUGGGACAUCGCGCGCGAAGGGUUCGUGCUGCAGCUCGUGAGCCUGGCGGGCGUGCACAGCACGGCGGCCAUCACCAACGAGCUGGCGCGCGACUUCAAGCGCGACGGCAUGCUGGCGUACGUCAACCUCGUGCAGCGGCGCGAGAAGGAGCUCGGCUGCGACGUGCUGACGCACCAGAAGUGGAGCGGCGCGAGCUACAUCGACGGCAUCCUGGGCGCCAUCCAGAGCGGCAGCUCGAGCAGCAAGAGCAUGGGCGACGGCAACACCGAGGGUCAGUUCCACUGA